GCAAUAAUUUGCAUCUGUCACCUAGUGAAAGGUGAGCAAAAGUUCUCGUCUGAGUCGUUAGGUUAUAUAUAGUCAAUUAGCUACUUUUCUUUAUAUAUGGUAAGGAUUGGUUGUUGUAUGUAUGCCAGUUCAAUGGUUGGUGAGGAAUUAAUAAAGGAACUGGGGAAGAAAAAUAUAUAUUUGGAAAAGACUUGUGGAUCACAUCAAAGUUUAUAGUCAAUGACUAUCUAAUACGUACAAACACCAAAUAAAUUUAUAAAUUCCAUGCAGAUCUACAAAACUAAGCCAUUUCAGUUUUGAUUUCAAAUAUUGCUACUAAGUUCUGAAGUUCAUGCGUUCUUGAAGUAAGUAUACUUUGUCAAGAUCCUCUUCUUGAACUCCGUAGUCUCAAAUUAACUCUGAUGUUUCUGUAGUGCAAAGUUGUUGUGAUCAUGUACUUUCUGUAAUGCUCGAAUACUAUAAAUUCUUACAAUACACAUGUUUACCUUCACCUGGAAAUCUCCAGCAUUCUAUGCAACUUCUUUCAAGUUUGUAAGGUUUUUAUUAACUAAUUAAACCCAGGUUUUUAACUGAACAAGUUAACAUUUUAACUGUUAGUUACUCUAAUGAAUAGCCUGUAGAUGUUAGUCACUCUGUCAUAUUACUUAAAGAUCAAGCACUAAAGCCUUCCGGCUUCUAUUACCAUGUUCAGUUUGCAUAAUAUUUCAUUUUUCAUGGUCACAUGUAGGCCUCGGAGUUUAUUUUGGGCUCAAUCAUGCCCUAAAGAAUUUGGUUGACUCUACUAGUAAGAGAGUUUAAGACAACAGAUCCUAGUGUCCGACGUGCAAAGGGGCAUUAAUGACGAGUAAUCCAGAUAAUCUGGAAGAUCCAACUCAACAAAGCCUUACACCAAGAGCUUCAGCAGCACACCCAAUUAAGCCAAAAAGGAGAAUUCCUGUGAUUUUAUAUCCAUGUUGGCGACCAAUUUUUGUAAUCUCAUGUGUGAUUGCAGUUUCAGUCGAUCCUUUAUUCUUCUACCUCCCAGUCAUCGACGAGAAAAACAAAUGCCUUGGAAUGGACAAGACGUUGAAGGUGGUUGCCCUUGUCUUGCGAUCACUCACGGAUGUCACUUUGAUAGUGAACAUUAUAUAUCAGUUUUGUAAGGCUAUUAAAGCUGCUAUGAAAUCAAGAGACGAACAAAAGAAGAAAAAAGAGGCACAAACAAGAGGAAAGAAGGAUAAAAAAGCAGGUGGAAAGUCAGUUUGCGAAUGGAACGAGAUAGUUCCAUUUGCCAAGGCAUUAGCUCAGAAGUUGUCAUGGCGCUCAAUCAUAAUCGACUUCUUUGCUGUUCUUCCGAUUCCUCAGGUGCUAAUAGUAGCUGCUGCUUCCAAAAUGAGAAGUUCUAAAUAUAUAGACAAAAAAAAGACUCUGAAUUUCUUUCUUCUAGCUCAAUAUUUGCCAAGGGUCUACCGAAUGCACCAUUCGUCUAUAGAACUUAGGAGGAAGACUGGAAUAUGGACUAAAGGUGCCUUCAAUUUUUUCUUAUACAUCCUUGCCAGUCACGUACUUGGAGCCUUUUGGUAUUUCUUCUCUAUUCAACGAGAGACGUCAUGUUGGCACCGGGCAUGUAUAAAACAUAGUAACACAAGAUGUAAUUAUUAUUGUGAUGAAGACACGGCAUCAAGAAAUAUGACGUUCAUCAAUUCUCUUGAUGAAUUUUGCCUUGUAGAUGUUCCAGAAAAUGCUACGGCACCCUUCGAUUUUGGAAUAUUUCUUGAUUCCCUUAAGACCGGUAAUGCGGGGUCAAUAGAUUUCAGAAAAAAGUUUUUGUACUCUUUUUGGUGGGGUCUACGAAAUCUAAGUAAUUUUGGCACAAAUCUAGAAACAAGUACUUACGUGUGGGAAAACUGCUUCGCUAUUCUUAUUUCUGUCAUUGGCUUGCUACUAUUUCUAUAUCUUAUUGGGAAGGUGCAUACAUUUAUCUCGAUGCGAACUCAAAAAUCGGAGGAGAGAGAUAAGAAGCUUAAAAUGAAAAAGCUAGGUAUACAAGUUUGGAUGAACAAACACGGUUUCACAGAUCAAAUGAAGCUGGAAAUGAAGGAACAUGUAAAACGAAAUUGGGAAGAUAUCAAAGAUGCUGACAUGGAGAAUUUAUUCUCUAUUCUUCCGGGAAAAACCAGAAAAGUCCUGAAGGAACAUAUUUGCAUGGAAAUGCUUAAAAAUGUCCCAAAGCUUGCAAAUAUGGAUGUAAAAGUGUUGAAGAUGAUCUGCGAAUAUCUAAUUCCAGUCAGCUACCGGGAUCAUAGCUUCAUUUUUCGAACAGAAGAACCAAUGGAUCGCAUGCUCUUCAUUACAAAAGGCUUCGUGUUGACCUCCCCGACUAGUGAUAGUAACCCUUCAGUGAUCGAGAAGAGGUCCCUGAAAAGUGGUGGUUUCUAUGGAGACGAAGAGCUUCUGACUUGGGUAGCAUCCAAAGAAAAUCCCUGUCUUUCUGACCUUCCUACCUUAAAGGAAAAUGUCAAAUGUCAUUCAAAGGUAGAUUGCUUUGUUCUCUUGGCCAAGGAUUUGAGAACAGUAGUUUCCAGAUCCAGAGUCUAUUGGGAUCUGAACAAUUCUGAAAAAAAAGAAGAGGUAGCAAAAGCAGCAAUCCUUCCAUUCCUUCGUCUCCGCCUUGAUCAUCAAAGAGCGGGUGCUCAGAACGGAAACAGCAGCAAUCACAUAGUAAUAGAAACCUCUACAUAAUCGCUCCUAGCGAAUUGAAGGCAUGCAUAUAUGCUAGCCUUACAAGGAAACUAGCUAGCUAGCUAGCGAUAUGGCCUGAUUUACUUUUGUGAGUUUGUCUACAAACAUUGAAAUAAAUAUGUUUUCAGAUUUCUCUAUAGCUAGAGUUUCAGAAGUAAU